AUGGGGAACAUUGAUAGUUUACCUGAGAUUGACAUGAGAGAGGAAGAAGAAGAAGAUGUCCACCUAGCCCAUUUCAAAGUAUUAAAGACCAUUGGCCAAGGAGCCUUUGGUAAGGUCUAUAAAGUGCAGCAUCGAAAGCAGCGAGAGCUAUACGCGUUGAAAGUGAUCAACAAGGAGAGAUGCAUCAAGAUGAAUGCCGUAUCCAACAUUAUCCGAGAAAGAACAAUUAUUGAAUGUUUAGAUCAUCCACUUGUUUGCAAUAUGCGGUUUGCUUUUCAAGACACUGAAUCAAUGUUUAUGGCUAUGGAUUUGAUGUCGGGAGGAGAUCUCAGGUCCCAUAUUUCCAACAGCACAGUACAACAGCACGAUGAAAGGACGAUUCAAUUUUGGAUGGCUGAGUUGAUUUGUGCUGUCAAAUAUCUACAUUCGCAAGGGAUAAUACACAGAGAUAUCAAACCUGACAAUAUUCUACUGGAUCAACAAGGGCAUGUUCAUCUCAGUGAUUUCAAUAUUGCUUGCAAUAUACCUGAAAAGUACGAAAAGCCACUGAUUUCGUUAUCAGGCACCGCAGUGUACUUUGCACCCGAAUAUUUUAAAUGCAUUGGUUACAAUGAAGAUGUCGAUUGGUGGAGUCUAGGCAUCACAUUUUAUGAGUGUGUCUAUGGAACGAGACCCUGGUUACACUGCACAAAUAUUGAUGAUUUAGGCAAACAAAUUCUGCAUCGAAAGAUUCCAUUUCCAUACAAACAGUCCAUUUCAGUUGAAUGUGUAUCAGCCUUGAAAAGUUUUUUAGAAAAGGAUCCCAAAAAGCGAUUGGGUCAUGGUAUCAUCUCAGGCUGGAACAAAAUCGCUUCUCAUCCAUUCUUUCGUUCUGUUGAUUGGUACACUAUGGAUAACAAACAAUGCCAACCUUUGUAUAUACCUCGCAUUCAACCAUUCACGAUACCCCAAGCAACAACAGCAGCAGCAGAUGACUUAUUAUCGCAACAAACAUCACACAAGACGACGACUACAUGUUCCAUCAUCCCAAAAGACAUAACACCUCCACUGGAUGAGGAGGAAGGCGUCAUGGGGUGGCUGAAUCGAUACAAACGAUCCAGUCGAACAUUGCAGAAACAAAACCGAUUCAGUCAAGAUCUUAAAAUCAUACAAGACAAGUUUAAACCAUUUGACUAUACGAUAUUCGAUCAGUACCAAGGGUUUCUAGACGAACGAUUGAUGACUGUGGGCCCACCGCCUGAUUGGGUCAAGCCUGCUUUUCCUGAUGCUGAUAAUGGAAGUAUACUACCGAUUCGAAAGAUCUAUUUGGAGACACCUUCUGUUUUUGAUGUGUUUGGAGAUCACCAUUAUAUGAUGGGACAACAAUGUAAAUGA